AGACACUUAGGAUUAUUCGCAAUGGGUCGGGUUAUUAGGGCACAAAGGCGUUCGCAUGCCAUUUUCAAAUCGCACACCCACCACAACAAGCAGCCCGCCCGACUCCGUAACCUCGACUUUGCGGAGCGCAACGGCUACAUCCGCGGAAUCGUCAAAGAGAUCAUCCACGACGCCGGUCGCGGUGCCCCCCUCGCACGCGUAGUCUUCCGCGAUCCCUACAGGUACAAACUCCGCAAAGAAACCUUCAUCGCAACCGAAGGCCUGCACACCGGUGCCUUCGUCUACUGCGGCAAGAAAGCCACCCUCACCGUCGGCAACGUUCUCCCCGUCUCGCAGUGCCCCGAAGGAACCAUCAUCUGCAACGUCGAGGAGAAGAUCGGCGAUCGCGGUGCCCUGGCACGCACGUCGGGCAAUUACGCUACUGUCAUUGGACACAGCCCGGACGAUAACAAGACCCGUAUCCGUCUUCCCAGUGGUGCGAAGAAGACGAUCUCGAGCGGUGCGAGGGCGACGAUUGGGAUUGUAGCCGGUGGUGGGAGGAUUGAUAAGCCAUUGCUCAAGGCUGGAAGGGCAUACCACAAAUACAAGGCCAAGCGUUACAACUGGCCCCGUACUCGUGGUGUGGCUAUGAAUCCUGUGGACCAUCCUCACGGUGGUGGUAACCAUCAACAUAUCGGAAAGGCCUCCACCAUCGCCCGCUCCGCCGUUCCUGGACAGAAAGUUGGUCUCAUUGCCGCACGCAGGACUGGUCUGCUGCGUGGUACCGUCAAGGUCAAGGAGGUUUAGAUUUGUUGCAUUGGGUUUUUCUCCUCGCCUUACUUACGACUACGUACACCGAACAAAAGUUUGUAUGCCGUCUGCACAUCAUGCAUAUGCAACCACAACACGACGAUUGUAUGCGCCAUGCUUUUUAUGAUCUUGACACAG